AUGGCAUCUCCAAUGGGUAAUGAAGGCGUCUUCAAAGCGCCGCAGACACCGCAAAGUCAGCCGAAGCCAGGGUUGGAGAAAAAUAUGAUUCCACCCAGCGAAGCAACCAAGCUCGAGUCGAGGGGUCAUUUUGUUGAGUAUACGGGCUCAGGCAAACUUGCCGAUAAGAAAGUCCUGAUUACAGGAGGGGAUUCUGGAAUCGGUCGAGCUGUUGCCAUAUUAAUGGCUCGAGAAGGUGCUGAUAUUACCAUCGUGCAUCUACCCGAAGAAAAAGACGACGCCGAAGAGACCAAGAAGGCGAUCGAGGCAGCGAGCCGCACAUGCCUGCUUUUUGCCGGAGAUCUCAGAAAGCGCGAUACUUGCCGAAGAGCCGUGGAGGAGCAUAUGAAUAGGUUUGAGAGGCUGAACAUCCUGAUCAACAAUGCUUCAAAACAAUACAUGUGCAAGGACUUUUCGGAUAUUGACCUUGAUAAAGUGGAGGACAUAUUCCAGUGCAAUAUCAUUCAAAUGAUGGCGCUGACGAGAUAUGCGCUGCCAUAUCUGUCGAAGGGUGACUCCAUCAUUAACACUACGUCCACUGUGACUUUCCGAGGCUCGGGCAGCAUGGUUGAUUAUGCGGCAACGAAGGGUGCCAUUGUCGGCUUUACUCGAUCCCUCGCUACUCAAUUGAUCCCCAAGGGUAUUCGGGUGAAUGCUGUUGCCCCUGGUGCAAUCUACACACCAAUUCAAGCCGAUACUAGGAAGGCCGAACAGAUGGCCCACUGGGGUUCAAAGGGUCCCCUAGGCCGACCUGGCGAGCCAAGUGAAGUGGCACCGACGUUUGUGUUCCUCGCCAGCGCUGAUGCUUCGCUUUACUGUACGUGUUACCUGGGGAUUGUUCAACUUGGUAGCGUAGCACAAGACUCCGCUGACAUGAUGUACAGAUGGGCAGAUCAUGCAUUGUUAUCCACUGGGUGA